AAACACUCACCUUAGAUUAUUGGCGUUCAUAAGUUAAUUGACUAAAAUAAUUCGUGAUCAUUAUACUAUUUACAUGCUUGGAUCGCAUGUUCAGAGUCUUUUUGGGAGCAGUCAAAUAGCGAAUCGUGAUUUAUUAUUGUGCACACAUUCGUACUAGAUUCUGCAUAAUUCACAGUUUUUUGGAAUUCUAUCAACUGUUAAGGAUACAUUAUCAUGUCAGAAUCAUUAAAUCAACUAGCUAAGUCUGCUGCUUUCCUGAUACUUCAUGAAAAUCUUGAACGUUGGGCUUCUUCAUACAAAAAAAACACCUGUGACGAAAAUGUGGCGAUGGGCUGUGAGAUAAUUGAGCUUAAUGCAAGAAUACAGAAUCAACUUUUCCGCUUAAUCAGCAUUUGUGCAUCAGAAGGAGGACUUUAUGGUGGUGCUAGUGCAAUCAAACUUAGACUUCUACCGCUUCUUGGAUCUGGCACUGUAUUCAAUGGUUUUACUCUUGGACCACAGACGCCGAAUUCUAACACAUUUUCUCCCAAAACAUAUGAAUCUAAUAUUUCAAAAUAUUCCAAAGUAAAUACAGAAGAUAAAAAUGAAUUUGAUGCCGUUGAAACACAUAGAGAGAAUUAUCGACUGAGAGAUCAGAUACUUUCAUUAGAAGGCGAAAAUGAACGUCUGAAAUCUCAGAUAUAUUCUCCUCGUCAAAACGAAUAUGAUAUCAAUCAAAAUAAUUAUAGGUCGUUGAAAAAUCUUCCAACCACUUCGAAAACGUAUACUGAACUCGAUAUUGGACCAUUGUCAUUAUCAGCUCCAGCAGAACUAACACCUUCUAUGCUAACCGGUGUAAGUCCAUUAAGUCCGAACGAUCCAAUUCAACGAUACAGGCAACAAAUUUUGGUAAUGCGCUUCAACGAGUUAUUUUCAUUGCAUCGAAUUGAAGCAAUGGGUUUACUAAGACGUUACAUAGAUGACUAUGAAGCAAAUCAGAAAAUCAUAUUCUAUGCUGUUCUGGAGUCAUUCACUGUGGCUAAAUCACAUUUUCGAACUUAUCGAAAUCGUGUACGCAAACAGAUUGCAACAAAUAAUUUAAUUACAACAGAAACACUAGAUGAAAUAGUUCAGUCAUAUAUAAAUAUUCAUGCUAGUCAUUCAGUCGAUAUUCCAGUACUUGUGAAAGAUGUUUGUCUAGCUAUGGAACGUCGUGUCCCACGUAUACGUCGUCCAUCACAUAAUCUUGGUUUCGAUGUCAUUAAAGACUUUUUACAUGAAACUUGUAAACUUGCUUGGGAAUGUUCUGCACUAAGUCAUCCACUUGAUGUUUGUAGACCGGUUUGUGAAAAUGAAUUGAUUGAUGAAGUAAAGUAUAGACGUAGUCACGAUUCAUCAUAUCCAACAUUAGUUAUUCAUCAUCACAUAUGGCCAUGUUUAAUGCAAGGUGAACGUGUACUUGUUAAAGGAGAAGUUUGUACUAGAGGAAUACUUAACUCUUACGGCUUCGAAGUUAUGUCAUCUGAUGGUCGAAAAGUAGCAGACCGUUAUCGAAGUCGUGUAUGCUCACGUUCAUGUUCACCAACACGUCCAACUACAUCACCAGGUCAAACGAAGACUGAUAGAGGCUAAUAUUUAGUGCACGGAAGCGUCUGCAUCUUAAAAGGGCACGAAAUUUAAAAUUAAAUUAAUCUUAUUUGUCAAAUGUCAAGCUGAAGAUCCAAUAUGUCAGAUAAAUUUGCUAUUUGUAUGUAAUUUUAGUAAAGAAAUAAAAUUAAUUAACAAUUCUUUUGAAAAAUUUCAAUAAUGUCUAUUUUCGUCCAUUCCGGUUUUGUUAACUGCCACUUCUUAUGCUUUGCAUUUAACAUAAAUGGAUAUACUGUCUAACAAUUGACUCUUUUUUGAAUAAACUAG